GCGCCGUGGCCUGCUACUGUCUGAGCUCUGGAUGCGAACUGUGAGCGGUGAGUCCACAACAGGCGUGAGUCCACCACAGGCGUGAGUCCACCACAGUCGUGAGUCCACCACAGGCGUGAGGCGUGAGUCGCUAGACGAGGUUGACGAGGUGGACGAGCGGACUCCACUCACUACAGAGCGAGGAGCGGCAGCAGCGGCGGCGGCGUCAUGUCGGCGGCCAUGGAGAAGCACCUUUUCAAUCUGAAGUUCGCUGCGAAGGAGCUGACCCGGAGCUCCAAGAAGUGCGACAAGGAGGAGAAGACUGAAAAGGCUAAAGUGAAAAGGGCGAUCGCGAAGGGCAACAUGGAGGUGGCGCGGAUCCACGCAGAGAAUGCGAUCCGACAGAAGAACCAAUCGCUCAACUACUUGCGCAUGAGCGCUCGUGUGGAUGCCGUGUCGGCCCGCGUGCAGACCGCCGUCACCAUGGGCAAGGUCACGAAGUCUAUGGCUGGGGUAGUGAAGAGCAUGGACGCUGCUCUGAAGAGCAUGAACCUAGAGAAGAUCUCGGCACUCAUGGAUAAGUUUGAAUCUCAGUUUGAGACCCUGGACGUUCAAACUGCACAGAUGGAGGACACGAUGAGCAGCUCUACCACACUCACCACUCCACAGCAUGAAGUUGAAGGGCUUAUGCACCAAAUGGCGGACGAGGCUGGGUUGGAUCUCAACAUGGAGCUGCCUCAGGGUCAGGCCGGGUCCAUUGGAUCAAGUGUGGCUUCCACAGAGCAGGAUGAAUUGUCUCAACGUUUGGCAAAACUGCGAGACCAAGUCUGAGACACGGGGACACAUACACGGGCACACACACAUACACGGGCACACAUCAGACACGGGGACACAUACACAGGGACACAGAUGCAGAGACAGAGACAUGGAGACACGGAGACAUGGGAGCAAGAAAAACAUGAGGACUGGGAGACGGUACACAGGGACUCAAAGCUACGGGGGCUUCUAUUUUAUUUUUAGUUUAGAGUUAUUGAUUUAAAAAAAUUCAUUAUAAUCUGCAUGUGAAUACAGAGACAUGCUCACACCACAUCUGUAUCUGUGCAUCAGUCUCUCACCGUAUCUCUGUCCGUCGCUCUUGAGGUCGCUGUCUCUUUGUGUCUCUGUUGUAGUAGUUGUAGUUGGUAUUGCUGCUGCUUGAAGCGGUUGUAUUUAUGAGUUGGGCUUCUCUUGUACAAAAAAAACGGAUGAUGAAUAUUAUUAAACGUCUCAUCAGACUAACAGAGAACACCA